AUGAGCAAAGCCAACACCAAUCCCAGUUCCAGCAAUCCCGGUCCCAGCAAUCCCAAUCCCAGUUCCAGCAAUCCCGGUCCCAGCAAUCCCAUUCUCAAGCCCGCCAUGAAAUCUGAGGUUGGAGUCGAUGUAACAACGGCCAGAAUUCUGAGAAAUGAGCUUUUGAGCUUUGCAAGGGGACCUGAACCACUUCAGAGUCUCAGCUCUUCAACUGAUCAAGUUCAAACACGUCUUAUAGCUCUUAGAGAGAUUCAGAUUAAGCUUGAUGAAUAUGAGGUUGAGCACAGCAAGGAGAAAGAAGCUCUUGAGGCCAAGUACCAGAAGAUAUACUACCCACUGUAUGACCAGAGGUAUAAAAUUGUGAGUGGAGCCCUUGAAGGUGAAGAUUAUGUUGGAACACAAAACAUGGGGGUUAAACGAGACGAAGGCAAAGGAAUCCCAUCCUUCUGGCUGGUUGCUAUGAAGAACAAUAAGACAAUAGCUAACGCGAUUUCUGAGAAGGAUGAAGCCGCUCUUGCAUUUCUGAAGGACAUAGAAUGGUCCAGGCGGGUUGAACCAGAAAGCUUCAAACUUGAUUUCUUCUUUGAAAAGAACAACCCAUUCUUCAGCAACCCAGUCUUGACGAAAACUUUUUACAUGCUUGGUGAUGAAAUUCUUUUGAAAACAACAGGAAGCGUGAUCGAUUGGUAUCCAGGGAAAUGCUUGACAGAAAACACGAAGAGGAAGAAUGAAGCUAAGAGGAGUGCUAAGAAUAAGGAAGCUAUGACUGGAAGUGAUGAGGAGGAGAGGUUUAGUUUCUUCAACUUCUUCGGCCCACUUGAGGUUCUCAAGGCUGAUCAUCCUGAUGCUGAGGAGGUGAAGGAAUUGAUGCAGCAGGACUAUAGAAUUGGGAUGACAAUUAGGAACAAGAUCAUUCCACAUGCGUUGUAUUGGUACACUGGAGAAGCAUUUGAAGACGAUGAGAUUAUUAAUUGCCCUGAUAAUUCUGAUGAUGAUCUAUUUCAAUACGAUGAUGAUGAUGACUCCUACGACGAUGAUGAUGAUGACGACGACUACUACUACGAUGAUGAAGAUGAUGAUGACUACUUUGACGACGUAUCUGAUGAUGAAUGUGAAGAUGAGGGAAACUAUCAAAAGAAGGGUAACAAGAAUGAUGAUGAUAACGAAAGCAAGAGGCGCAAGAAAGACUAA